ACUAAACCCAUCGAUUCAUUAGUUAGCGCGUAGCUGUGUAAACGAAAUUCCCGCGCGGAGCAUCUCCGUGUUGUCCAUUUUCUCAGGCUCUAAAUGCCUGUUCAUCUGGCAAGUGACUCAAACACUGUAUGAAAACAUGAGACGCACAAGAAGCUCCGGGAUGAAAGCUGCAGCUGCAGAAAACGGAUUGACUCCGUCCAAGACAGUGUGGCAAUGGGAGGCAGAGGAAGGUCAAUGGGAGCCUUACCCGGCCUUAGCAUGUGCUCAGCUGGACUCUGCAGUCAGCUCUGGAGAAGCCUCUGUUUCACUGAUGUUAGGCUCUGGGGUUCAGUAUGAAGUAGACUUGAAGAAAAUGGUCCAGAUCAACACACUUACCAAGUACAAGAGGAAAGUACGCUCUCUCACACUGAAACCAGAGACUUUAAAUGAAGGCGAUAUGAUAGGUUUAACAAAGCCAGAUCAAGUCCAGAUCAAAGAGGAGGAAGUGGAGGAGCAGCCAAUCGCCAAGAAGAAGCGUGGUGAGGGGAAGAGCCAGAAGAAGAGUAAAGCAGUAGCCAUGGAAGAGACGGAGAGUAAAGAGAUUGUGAAGACUAUGGUCAUGAAAGGAAAGGCUCCUGUUGAUUCAGAAUGCAAAGGCAAAGUGGGAAAGGCCCAUGUUUACUGUGAAGGAAGUGACAUAUAUGAUGUCAUGUUAAACCAGACAAAUCUUCAGUUCAACAACAACAAGUAUUACCUGAUACAGCUCUUGCAGGAUGACAAUGCGAAGGUCUACAGUGUGUGGUGUAGAUGGGGACGAGUUGGCAAGGUUGGACAGAAUAGUCUAGUUGUCUGUGGUGGAGAUCUCCUUAAAGCCAAAGAUCUCUUCAAGAAAAAGUUUCUGGACAAGACCAAAAAUGAGUGGGGGGACCGGGCAAACUUUGUGAAAGUGGCAGGAAAAUAUGACAUGGUGUUUAUGGAUUAUAGUGCCCAGGAAACGGCCCAGCCCGAGGUAGAGGCUCUGUCUCUUAAAAAGCCCUCCAAGCUAGAUGUGAAGGUCCAGUCCCUCCUUGAGUUAAUCUGUGACAUCAAGGCCAUGGAGGAAUGUGUGCUGGAGAUGAAGUUUGACACCCGCAAAGCUCCUCUUGGUAAGCUCACAACCGAACAGAUUGGUGCAGGUUACUCUGCCCUGAAGAAGAUUGAGGAGUGUGUGAAGAGGAAAGGAAGCAGUCGAGAGUUGUUGGAAGCAUGCAACCUGUUCUACACACGUAUUCCUCAUGACUUUGGAUUGCGAACUCCCCCAAUAAUCCGCUCAGAAGAGGAGCUGAAGGAAAAAAUCGCUUUAUUAGAAGCACUAAGUGACAUCCAGAUAGCAGUGAAGAUGGUCCAGUCCAGUGCCUUCGGUGAUGAGCAUCCUCUGGACAGACAGUACCAUUCCCUCCAGUGCCAGCUCCAGCCACUGUCCACUGGUAGCCAGGAGUAUCAGGUGAUCGAGAGAUAUCUCCAGUCCACUCAUGCUCCUACUCACAGUGACUACACAAUGACAGUUCUGGACAUCUUCACUGUGGACAGGGAGGGGGAGAAGAACAACUUCCUAUCACAACUACAUAACAGGACGCUGCUGUGGCACGGCUCUCGUCUGUCCAACUGGGUUGGGAUCCUCAGCCAGGGCCUCCGAGUGGCCCCGCCAGAGGCCCCCGUCACGGGAUACAUGUUUGGGAAAGGUAUUUACUUUGCUGACAUGUCAUCAAAAAGUGCCAACUACUGUUUUGCCAAUCAAAGACACAACGUUGGACUGCUUGUGCUUAGUGAGGUUGCCCUGGGUGACAGUAACGAGCUGUUCGCGGCCGACUACGAGGCUGCCAGUCUACCUCCAGGCAAACAGAGCACCAAGGGCCUCGGACAGAUGAGCCCGGACCCCAGGAACAGUGUCAUGCUGGAUGGAGCAACUGUCCCCAUGGGCCCAGGAAUGAGAACAGGGGUGGGAGCGGAGGGGGGAUACUCCCUCCUCUACAAUGAGUUCAUUGUCUAUAACCCAGCCCAGACUCGUAUGAAGUAUUUACUAAAGGUUCAGUUUAACUACUCCUCACUGUGGUGAGAUGUCAAUAUGCUCAAAAAACAUGUAUAGUAUAAAGACAGUAACAGGUUGACUGAACUCUGGGUAGAGCUGUGGUUAUGAACGAGGGUUUCUCUCAGAGGAAUCUGGGUGAAGGUUUUGAACUGCUUAUGCUUGUUUAUGAGGUGAUCCCUAGGGACUUAAUGGCUUUUAUUGUAUGACUCAACACUGUUUUUUUAAAAGCCUUUAUAUGGUAUGGUCUCCAUAGGAGAGAGACCAUUCAUGGGAGUUAAAGACAAGUUGCAUUCCAGGACCGUUGCACAGUGUGGUGUGUGUUUGAAGCCAUACAGCACGUUGUGGAGAGAAAUAAAGGAAGGUUGUUUUUAAGGUUUUGCCACUAUUUAGGACACAAUGGAUUUUGAUAACAAAAGUACAGUCUAAUUCUGUAUAAACCGGACCUACCACUCCACUAGUAUGUAUUUCCUGGGGUUUCAAUGCAAUAAGAAAUAAAGACAUUCAUUAUGAA